AACACUCACAGCCAACCGAAGUCCCACCUAUCCUUCCUCCCGGUUCCCGGUCUCUCUGCAGCUGGCUGCCGCGCACUUUCUGUCCCCGGCCUGCAUUCAUAAGCUGCCGGGAAGAACGCGCCAACAGGCAGGCCGCCGGAUUUGUCCAUAUCACUAGGACUAAAGUAACUUACCUGAAUGGAAGCGGAUGGUUUCAUGUCCCGGCGAACGUCCGUGGAAGCAGCGGGCGUCGAUAGCCGGGUCACUAGCGCUGCAGCCAGGGCAGAGAUUCGAUGGUUGGGUGGCAGACUGCUGGGAACAUCGGGAAGAUUUCAUGUCUCAUCCAGAAUGGCGGGGGAACAGGACUUUGUCUCGGUGUCGCAUCGGUCUACUCCGGAGACCUUGACUUCUGUCGAGACAGAAGUAGACUAUGAAGGACUGCCGCAAGGAGUAUCCACCAGCACACACAUGUUGGCAGGUGCCGUUGCUGGAAUCAUGGAGCACUGCGUUAUGUAUCCCAUCGACUGUGUCAAGACUCGCAUGCAGAGCUUGCACCCAGAGCCGGGCGCACGCUACAGGAACGUGAUGGAUGCCCUGCGGCAGAUUGUACAGACCGAGGGCGUGUGGAGGCCGAUCAGAGGCGUGAACGUACUGGCAGUGGGAGCGGGGCCUGCCCAUGCUCUCUACUUUGCAUGCUAUGAGAAGAUAAAGUUCUCGCUCAGUGACGCUAUUCAUCCUGGCACCAACAGCCACUUUGCCAAUGGAGUGGCGGGCUGCAUGGCCACAGUGCUGCACGAUGCCAUCAUGAACCCAGCUGAAGUUGUGAAGCAGCGAAUGCAGAUGUUUAACUCACCUUAUCGUGGCGUGGUGGACUGUGUGAGUUCUCUGCUGAGACACGAGGGACCAGCUGCUUUCUACCGCAGCUACACCACCCAGCUGACGAUGAACGUGCCCUUCCAGGCGCUCCACUUCAUGACCUAUGAGUACCUGCAGGAGCUUCUCAACCCCCACAGACAGUACAACCCUUCCUCCCACGUUGUUUCCGGUGCUCUUGCUGGAGCAUUGGCUGCUGCUGCCACUACCCCUCUCGAUGUCUGCAAGACCCUUCUCAACACACAGGAGGCUCGGGCUAUUCACGUGGUCCAGGCAGAGGCAGCGACGGGAGCUGGAGCGGUCGCGUCGGCCUCCGGCAGCCGCCAAAUCUCUGGCCUGGGCGAGGCUUUUCGGACAGUGUACAGGAUGGGAGGCGUUCCAGCCUUUUUUAAAGGUGUCCAAGCCCGGGUCAUCUACCAGAUGCCCUCUACUGCCAUCAGCUGGUCUGUCUACGAGUUCUUCAAAUACAUCAUCACCAAACGGCAGCAUGAGAGAAGGCUGCAUGGAGAUCGGGAUGGAGACAAAUAAACACCUGGAAACACGACUGGGUAUUAGCAUUUCAGAGGUUUAUUGCACCGUAGCGAUUACUGUUAUGGGUGGUGAUUUCUGAACAUCUGAAGGUUAAAAAAUUCUUUCUGAUUCUUUGAGCAGAAAGUCAGUUAUCAUCUUGUUUACUGAUAUCAAUUAUGAUAUCCGUUCUAAUUCAAAGCAGGUGACUACAUUUACAACCAACAUAAGUAGCCUCUCAUUAGAGGGUUGGCAAAAUGUCCAUCUGUAAGAAGAUUGCCCUGAAAUAACAGGUUCUGGUUCCAACUUUCUUUUAGUUUGUUUUUGUUUUUUGUUUUUUUUACUUUUACUAGUGUUUGACCUAACAAACUCUCAGCAUGGGCAUCCAGAAAGGAAAUCAUUUGUUGUGGCUGAGCAGUGUUUCCCAGAUGUUGUUUCUAGUUGUGUGUCUACUGCUAAAGAGUUCCAUGUACCCUUUGUUUAACAAAUCAUUAACACCUCUACAGAUAUUUUAUUUGCCCACUAACUCAAGACACCAUAAACUAUGGUGCAAUCAGCUGCAUCGCCAAUGAGACUCCGCCUCAAUCCUGAUGGGUCUCUGGAGCCGACAGCUGCAAAACUCCAGAAACCGUAAAUUGGUGUUCAUCCUUUAAGAAGCAGCUGAAUGAUAUUGAUAAUCAGCACAAUGGCAUAGUUAUCAGAAAAUCAACUUUCAAAAUAAGUGCCGAGGGACCACUGGUAAAUUGGCUAAGGUGGUGUUCUCUCAAUUGAUUAGCGAAAAAAUGAAUAAAUCAAACCCUUGAACGAGUCACCAAAUAUGCCUGGCAGCCUGUCCAAAUAAUCAGUGUGUGGGAAACACUGCUAACACACUGAAAUUAAGUCUGGAUUUGUCCCACCCAUUAAGGACUCCCCCGACUCUUAUGUAUGUUUAAAAAAACAAACAAAAAAAAACAAAACAAAAAGACUCAGGUUGAAGUGAUGGCUUUGAGCUUUCGUUUGAGGGUAUUUAUACUCCUAAUGAACUUUGUUUUGAUUGUAACAUUUUAUAAAUACCCCAGAAAGGAUAAAAAGUCCCACACUGAUGGGAAGAUCCUCGAAUGGCCUUAAAUCUCAGCAGGUUAAGUUACUUAAGAGCUGCACUGUGGCUUAGUUAAGACGCAUCUCCUAACUGCACAUGUUGGGGGGUUGGUUAAAAGCAUUACUGCCAUUGCACCCUCUGACCACAGGGGGGUGCCGUUUUUAAUUGCUAUCCUAAAAACUUGAGGACAAUUGGAGAUGAAACUUUUAAAACAAGAACUUAAGCUUCGUAGCUCACAGCCUUGAAAAACUUUGAGGGACAUCCGGCAGAGCAGUAUUUUGAGGCCAGGUCAGACCGCCUCUUCAUCAGAUGCAGAGAUUUGAUUCCUCUGGAUCGAAAAUUUGUUCUGCUUUAUGUUCACAGAGUUCCUUUAAAGGAAGUUUUGUGCAAUGUUGUGAUGUCCUGUUUUUGCACAGUGUUGGGUCACUGAAUCAGUACUGUCAAAUGCACAGUAACGCUUGGCUCAAAACAAGUGACUUUAGUGUGGGAUCACCUUUAUUUUACUGAACCCUCUCUGUCACGUGUGUGACAGAUUAUAAGUUGUUUCUGUUUCGGAAAACAGAAUUUGAUUUGCGUUGAAGAUUUAGCACUUGAGUGGAAGGUGUGUGCGUGCGUGUAAACUCCAUUUUUUGGGGGGGGGAAGUCAGUUGUGACUGAGUUUAUUUGAUCUUAGCACAGCUGUUGUCCUUUAUUUGGAAAAACAGUUUGAGGAGGAAAAAAGUAUAAAUUUAUUGGACUUUUUUUUUUUUUUUUUCCUUUGCCAAGGUCAUGUUGUCACUUCAUGUCUUUGCUCUAGAAAAGUGCUUUGGUCAUGAUUUGAGUCUAUUUCUGUUUUUAGUUUUUUUUGUUGUUUGUUUGUUUUUUUUCCAGCUCUUGAAAAACUUAAAAUUUAUUGUCAUAUUUAGUGCAGAAAAGCAACUUUGGAAAAUAAAGAGAAACCGAGGCAACUACUUAAAUCCACGCCUACAGUUAGCCGCUAUACAGCCAACGCACAACUACUACAGAGAUCACUGUACACCAGAUAUAUAUUUAAUGUUUUUGAAGCCAUAAAACUAAAACAAAAUUGUAAUAACAUGCAUAAAUAUAGAUCAUUAAAGCUCCAAAUAUGAGGCUGACUUCUAUGCUGAAUGAUAUAAAUUUGAACUGUAAAAGUUUUGUCAACUGUGCUGUAAAAAUGCAAGUUUUUGUAGUGCACAAAAUCCUCAUCUGGAGGGUAGGAAAAAACCAAACUAUUAUUUUAAGAGCAGCGACACCUUAUAUAUCUGUGGAACAAAAUAUAUAGGUAAAGAGUAUUUAAGUAUGAUUGUGGGACUGAUCCUCAUGUUUCAAAGUUGGGAAACCAAAGACAGAGCAGUAGAGGGGAUGAACUGAUGGUUUGUCAAAUGACAACACUAAUGUGAAACGCUUGUGCGCAGAUUGAAAGAGACGCCUGUAUUUUGUGACUUGUAAAUAAACUCGCUAAGGCAGCUCCUCGCAGAAGCAGGGUCUUCUCUUGGUGCUGGCUCGCCAAGCGCUGAGGCUAUCAA